GUGGGAGCCUGGCUCUUUGUGUCUGACUUGACCAGAGUCUGUAUAAAUACAGUCUAUGGGCUUAACGCACCGCAGAUGGAAGCCAGUAGCCCACUUCAAACGUGUGAGGGUCUCGUUUAAGCGGAAUUCCGCUGCUGCCACACAGUAAAGGGGGCACAUCUCGUCCCCGCCGCAGUCAUCACCCAAUCCCGUUGUUCUUCUGAGUCCCUGGAGUGACAAUGUCCGACAGCUCACACUGUUCCUACUGUCGGGAGGACCUCGGGGGGAAGAGGUUCAUCCGCAAUGAAGGCCGGCCAGUAUGCAUCAGCUGCCACACAAAGUUCUGCGCCAACUCCUGCAGCCAUUGCCAUCGACCGAUACCUGUUGAGUCGAAGGAGCUCAGCCAUAAGGGUCGGUACUGGCAUGAGGAGUGUUUCCGUUGUGCCAAGUGUUACAAGCCUCUGGCCAAGGAGCCCUUCAGCACAAAGGACGACCGCAUCAUGUGUGGAAAGUGCUGCUCCAGAGAGGACGCUCCCCGCUGCCACGGCUGCUAUAAACCCAUACUUGCAGGCAAAGAGAGCGUGGAGUACAAAGGGAACUCAUGGCACGACGAGUGUUUCACCUGUUGCAACUGUAAACGACCAAUUGGAUCGCAGAGUUUCCUCUCUAAAGGAACGGACACUUACUGCAGCCCAUGCUAUGACAGAAAGUUUGCCAAACACUGCAUCAGCUGCAAAAAGGCGAUAAUCUCUGGAGGGGUGAAUUAUCAGGACCAGCCUUGGCACGGACACUGUUUUGUGUGCAGCUCCUGCUCAAAGCCUCUUGCUGGGACAAGUUUCACCAACCACCAGGACCAGGUCUUCUGUGUCGCCUGCUACAAAAGCUCUGUGGCUAAGAAAUGCAGCAGCUGCCAAAACCCCAUCACAGGUUUUGGUAAAGGAGUGAACGUUGUGAACUACGAGGGCAACUCAUGGCAUGAAUACUGCUUCAACUGCAAGAAAUGCUCCCUCAGUCUGGCCAACAAGCGUUUUGUAGCCAAUGGAAGUGACAUCCUCUGCUCCGACUGUGGAAACAAGUAGACAUCAAGAAAGUGGUCAACAACCUUUCGUCAUUGUUCCAUCUUUUCUUUUCUGCAUAAAGGCCAAGUCUCCAUUUCAAAAAUGUUUUUCUAUGUGUUGAUUUCUUUUUGUAAAAUGAUCCUCAGAAGGAUUAAAACUGUUGGGACCAAAACGUGUUGAUUAUUGAUGUGCUGCUGCGUGCUUACAUAUAAUAUACAGACUGAUCGCCAUGACUAACAAAGCAAAUGAACAGCAUUAAAAUGCUAAAGCGCUAAAAUAAAUGAGCAGCUCAUACACGCAUUAAUAGAGAAACAAUUGAAUGCAAGUAGAAGUGAGGUGAUGUUAAAUCUGAAAUAAAAGAGAUUCAAAUUUGAUUGUUUUAAUUGUAUAUUUUACUUCCUUUAAAAAAAUAAUUAUUUCUUAUGUGGCUUUAAUGUCUACUUGCUUUUUUUUAAGUUGAUGUUGUCCUAUGAUUAAAAAGUUGAUUAAUUACUAACAAAAUGUAAAAAUGAGCAUUGACUGUGUAUCUGUAUCUUUUUUUUUUAUAGUCUAUGGUUUUGAAUACAUUUACUUCAAAGCACUUUUCUAAACUGUUUCGCUCUGACACAUGCACGUAAUAUAUUCAAACUGUACUGCCUGAUGUCUUUUACAAUAAAACCUUCUACAAAACUAU